UAUCACUUCUUUUUAAAUGUGGAUUAAUCUGGAUGCAUGAAGAAACAAUCACCACAAGGACUGGCCUGAUUUGUGCUGACAGAAGAAAACCAUAAUGGUGGAAGAGGACUGUUGUAAGUCAUGUUUAACAGUGAUAAGAGUUUUGCGGGCUUCCCUCGUGGAUGAACUUGAAGGACGGAUUGACACUUUGUUGGAGAACCUUGUAACCUGUGAGGUAUUUACUCGAGACGACCGUGAAGAAGUUUUGUGUCUGUUGGGGCCCCGAGCAAGAGUAAGAAAAGUGCUGGAUAUCCUUGAGUGUAAAGGGGAAGAGGCAGCAAAGAUAUUUCUAUCCAUUAACAGUCAUUUUCAGCAAGAAGAGAAGACGCACUGUAGAAACAGCACAGAUCAGCCUCAGUCUGUAGGAUACAAUAAAGUCAAACAAAAGCAUAAAGAUGUCCUCAGGCGCAGAAGUGAGAGCAUGCUUUUCUACAACACUCGACACGGAGAGAAAAUCCUUUUUUCGGAACAUUAUGUCAAUCUCCUGUUGGUCGAUGGACAUCAGGGCUUAGAGAUCAAAAGACACGAGGUGCUGACAUUCGGACAAAAGCGACUGUCUUUGCAGCAGAAAUCAGCUGCACACAAGAAAAUCACACCAUCUGAACUCUUUCUGACUGUGCAUGAAAACCGUCCUGUCAAGAAAGUUCUGGUGAUCGGGGUUGCUGGGAUUGGAAAGACCAUCCUGGUGCAGAAGAUGUUGUUUGAUUUCGGCGGGGGAAAGGAUCAACUGGAGUUUGAUUUCAUCAUUCACAUGACAUUCAGAGACUUGAAUCUGAUUGACAAACCCACAACCUUAAGAGAGCUGGUUUUGCGCAAAAACAGGCACCUGGCAAAGGAGCUGGAUGUCAUUUUAGCCAAUGAUAACAAACUGCUAAUCAUUUUGGACGGCUUUGAUGAGUUCAGACAAUACAGGAGUUGUGAUGUGGAUGUUUUUGUGACAGAACCAGAUGACGAUGCAGAGGUAGUGGAGAUCUUGGGGAGCUUAAUGCAAGGGGAACUACUACCUAACGCUUCCAUUAUGCUCACAAGUAGACCUGCAGCAAUUAGUCACAUCCCUGUGGGCUGCAUCGACCGAUUUGUGCUCAUCUCUGGCUUCUCCUUGACUGAAAUCCAAGAAUACAUCUCCCGUUACUUCCAAGACAAUGCCCUUGCAGACCGCAUGUUUGCGUUGGUAGCAGCCAAUGAACUGAUGCUAACGCUGUGCUACAUACCUGCAUUCUGCCACAUUGUAUGCUGCAUCCUCAAAGAAAGCAAAGAUCUAUGUGGAGAAAGCCCAAAGACCAUGACAGACAUCUACAUGCAGUAUCUGGUGGCCUUGCUUUGCUCUCACACCCAAGCAAGAGUUGAAAAAUCCCUGCAUCCACUGUCUGAUAUUGUGCUGAAGUUGGGUCGACUUGCUUUCCAUAAACUCAUAGAGCAUCAGACACUUUUCUACAGCAGCGACCGAGAUGUUGCAGCAUUAGAGGGAUGCAAUUUAGUCAGUACCUUCCUUGAUAAAACAGUGGCACAAGAGCCAGGCUGCACUGAAGAGGUAUACUCCUUUGCGCACCUUACAGUUCAGGAGUUUUUUGCUGCCAUUUACUGUGCGGUAACAGAUCAGCCUUUACCUGAUGUACUCCAGCACUCUUCAGGUCCAGGAGAGGGAACCAGUAAUGGACACUUGGACCUUUUCAAUCGCUUCCUGUCUGGGAUCCUCUCUGUACGCAAUGCUAGUCUUCUGUCAAGGCAGGUGGGGUUGUGUUGUAAAGAAGAUAAAGUGGAAACCUAUCGUCAGAAGUUGAUCCAGGAGCUCACAGUGUUGUGUGAGAAUGGUGCCCAUAUCCUAAACCAUUUACACUGUUUGGUUGAGCAGCAGGACCCCUCACUGGGUCUUGCCGUCCAACCAGCAGCACUUCGUAUUAAUGUUAGUGAUGAAAUCCUCUCACAGAUGGAUUACAGUGCCAUCAAGUACUUUCUUAACCUCACAAAGGGCACAAUAUCAGAGCUGGAUCUGACUGGAACAGGAGUAUUCUCUGAGGGGCUUAAAAGUCUGUUUCCACAGCUGCUCAGAUGUGAGAAUCUUUGGCUGGGAGAGAACAACAUUGAUAUGGACACGGUUCAAGUCAUUGCUGAUGUGCUCCGAGUUUCAGACAACAUAGCCGAUUUAGGACUUGGUUGGUCAAACAUUGGUGAUGAGGAACUGCUGACUCUUUCAGAUGCCAUACGGGUAAAAAAGAAGUUGAAAGAAUUGUGGAUGGAAGGAAACAGAGUGAGCUAUGAUGGUCUGCUGUCGCUCAGUGACUUGACUCCCACUCCUCUGAAAAAAGUUGUAGCCAUAUGGAAUAACUUGGCCAACACAGUGCCAGAGUCAUUGUGUGGCGCAGUCUCCACCCAAAAAACCAUAUCCGUCAACUUCACUGAUGACGACAUGUGGGAUGCCUGGGGUGAAUGGGUCUUAAGAAGAUGUGAGGUCAGCAGCAACGAGAAGCUUCUCAUGGUGCUCCACAAAGUGUGCAAUGUGUCGGUCCCCUGUUUAGAAACCCAGUGGGCAAAAACCUUCUACAGAAACCUGUCCCAGCUCGUCCAAAGCAGGAUUGAAUUCUGCACAGAGGAUGAUAUGUGCAAGAAACUCAAAAAGUUCCAAAGCGUUUUGACCUUUUGAUAUACUCAAAUAAGCUGUAAAGAUGCUGUGAAUAUGUAGAAGUACACUGUAUUUUGUUUUGAGGACAGUCUUAGUGCACUGCUGCUUACUUCUUGUCAUUUUCAGUUAAGCUGUUACACAUAUUAUUUAUUGCUUUUUUUUUUUUUUUCACUGGAAAUUAUGACAUCCUCAGACAGUUAUUUAAAGGAAAGAUGCUCCCAAAAAUGUAUUCAUCAUCUGUUUCAAGGAAAUCUGACGUAAGUACAAACGUCAAUAGUACAACUGUAUAUUAUUUAUUCAAGAGUAUUAUCAGUAUUUGUAUAGUGCAGUAAUGAUAGUAUUAUGCUGAAAAGAAUUGAAAAUAUCAAUGAAACUGUCUAUCACUCCAUAUGGUCAAAAAGCAGUUGGCCCGUACGGGGAUCGAACCCGCGACCUUGGCGUUAUUAGCACCACGCUCUAACCAACUGAGCUAACCGGCCAUGGUAUUUAUUAGGAUAAACUAUAAUAUAACUAACAACCCCUUGACAGUACUGAAUAUGAAUGUACAUUGAAUGUGUUUCGAGUAUUGUUGCAUGUUUUGCAUAAUAACAUCGUGAUAUUACUGGGCUACUUCUAUAUUUACAUAUAGUUUAGGUAUUUACAACGAUCUACCAUUAAAAUGGCCUAGAAUAUAUUAUUAAACUAAUAUGUUACCCCUAGAAACACGCAUUCAAAACAAAACAAUCUGCACGGUUAGUUAAAACAGGGUUACAUUGCCUGUGCGUUAAAAAAAAUUACUACAAUUUUUUUUUUUUUUAAAUGAUACGUUUCUGUGGUUUUCAGAGUAAAAACAUUGACAAUGACACCACUGAGACGUUAUUAAGCUGACCUUUUUUUUUUAUUAUAUAUUUGGUAUUUUCAUUUCAUUGCAGUAUUAUUGCUUAUUAAUUGUAUGUGUGUG